UCACGCGGCAAGCCCCAGUCCGCAUCCGCGCGUUACUUAAGUCGCUAUCGCCGUAUAACCCGCUCCGCUAUGAAAGGCAAAGGCAAAACCAAAGGUGCAAAAACCAAAAACAUGGACAAACUUAUAGCUGCCGUGCAGGCGAGGGAGUGUUUGUGGGAUAAAAGUUAUAGGGGCCACAGAAAUCGAUUUAAAUUGGAGAGAUACUGGAAUGAAGUGGCAGCAGAAGUCGGAACAACAAGUCUAAACUGUAGGAAAAAAUGGAAGAAUCUCAAAGAUCAAUGUCGGAAAGAGAUAAAAAAGAAUCAAGAAGAGUCAGACUGGCCACAUUUCGAGAAAUUGAAAUUUAUUCACAAUCAGUUUGUAGUAGAUGAAGAAGAAGCAGAGGAUACCGCUGAAGAAGUGUUCAAUUCUUUAGAUGAAUCAAUAAAAACACCGAAACUCGGUUACACAAUGCGUAAAAAGCUGCUUAUGAAUAAACGAAGAAUAAUAGAUGUUGAUAUGGAUAAAUUAAUCGAGCUAGUGAGGACGAGAGAGAUUAUAUGGAACAGGCAGCUGAAGGGUCAUCAUAAUUGGUACAAACUAGAUGAAGCUUGGAAGGAAAUUGCCGCUGAUUUGGGAGUUACACGUGACGAAGCGAGGCUAAAAUGGAAGUAUCUACGUGACCAAGCGCGAAAGGAAAUGCGGAAACAAGAUUCUGACUGGGUGCUGCUACCUAAACUUCAGUUUCUUGAGAACCAAUUCUUUGACAACGAUGACGCUGAAUUCGCUGAUGAUUCCUAUAGUCAAGACUUCGAUGCGGAGCAACCAAGCGAUUACUACACCAAUGCUGAACCUGAAACAGCGGCCGUUGGUGAAGAAGUAGCCCAUGAUACCCCAGCAAGAGAUGAUGAAUUCGACGAAUUUGAUACCAAACCUAUUAUAAUGGAAACUGACUUUUAUGACGAUGAUGAGGAAAUACAGAAGUGUGGUGAAACGACGGAAGUUGCCAAGGAUGAAGAUAUAGGUUUCUUUAACAGUCUCUUGCCACAUGUGAAGAAGCUUGGGCCGGCUAAGAAAUUAAUGCUAAGAAUGAAAAUACAAGAGUUAGUUUAUAAUACAGUUUACAACACCUAGAAUACGUUAUAUGCGGUUGAGUUUAACUAAAAAAUAUAAAAAAAACUGUGUCGGGCUUACGCUUUUAAUAUCUCCUUUAUUAUUUCGAGUGGCAACUAUCGUGUAUAUUUCCACUCCACAACGUAAAUAUAAACUGUUGCCAAGCCCGAUCCAGGCAUAUGUAUGAACAUUUUUAUGAUUAAAAAUCUUGGUUUUAAUCAACCAUAAUUAGCAAAACCAAUCAACUAAUAAUCAUUAUUAUCAUAAGGCUAGGUAUAAGUCCAUAUAGUGCCUAUAGAACAGUGAUUAACAAUUAGUUAGUUAUUUCUUCCUAAAUCCUAUCAUUUAAGUUUCUUAAGUGAACAAUUCACCUUUUUUAAUACAAAAAUUAUGUAUGUUACAUACCAUAAGAAUUUUAGAAAGACUAACGUGGCACAUGGCACCAAGAAGGUUGUGGGAAACACUUCUACAGAGAGAAGAGUUCUAGAGGGUUAGAAUUAAAUUUAAUAGCGAAACAUAGCUUCACAUUGUAAAUAUUUUCGGUCUAGGGCAUCUGUGAUGUUUAGACCAAUCAUAAUAUGGUCGGUGAGAUUAUUAAACGAAAUACGUGUUUUGUUUGAUGGAGCUAACGGUAAUUGGACUACGGUUGACGAAUCACAAUCAAACGAAACGAUGACGUCGUUUCUUCUUUUGUUUUACAAUCCCACUCCCGCGAUAUUUGGUUAUACUUUUUGUAAUCGCAAAUCGUUUAAUUGUACUAAAUUAGCUUAGCUUAAACAUAAUUUAUUAUGUGUAGUGAUAUAAUAGUUGUAAAUGUAACAAUAUUUCGUUAAAAAAAUUGAUAUAUUUUUUAAAUUUAUAUUUAAUUUAUGUGGUUUACAUAAGUAAGACUUGCACAAUAAUAAUAACUUAAGUUGUUUAUUAAGAUUAAAUUAAAUAUCAUUCAACCAGAACACGAAAUGCAAUACCUAUGUUAUAGGAGUAACAUUUAGGUUAAUACAUCGUACUGCACAGCUUACGCUUUCUUACGAGUUAGUUGAUUGAUGUGAUUAGAAACGUAAGAAAUUGCCUGCAGUAUUAGCAUGCUCUCAGUAAAUUUAUAGCAUAGAAUUACUAUGAAUCCUAAAAAACUUCCUCUUGAGAUAAGUGUAGACUAGAGAAAGAUUUAGAAAGAGACAACGUCUAGUCUAACUGCCGUACGUCACAAAUGUAUUGGACUUUGUCUCGUUUCUCAAUCUCAACGCUUUAUUAAUUAUCAGUAAAAAAUGUAUUUGUAAAAUGCUUUAAAAGUUGUGAUGCUUAAAAUUACUUCGUUUGUAAUCUAUAGCGCGCCUUAAGUUAAACACUCAAUUGUGAAACAAGUAUAUUUUCAUGAAAUAUAUAAUUGGACGACGCUAUCAUCAUAAUAAUCAAUAUAAUUAUAACUCGUAGUAAAUACUUAUAAUGAUUAAACAUACAUUUAAAUAACGUUAAAAUAUCUGUGAGCAUUCCAAAUUCAAAAUACGUUAUAAUUAAAGUGUUCAACUAUU